AUGGCUCCUCCCGUCACCGUUUUCGAGAACCCAUGGGCAAAGGAGAAGCCCAAAAUUUUGCUUCAGGCCGCUGCUGCUAGGCACAUUGAUAUCGUAGAGAUAUUCCUGAAGCUUCUCCCAUACUUUAAACAAGAUGGGCAAGGCAACAUUCAUGACGAAGCUCUGACACUCUCGGAAUGGCGGUACAUAUGCUACCUUCGGUUCCUCGACUUCAGCGGAGAAUCGCCGAAUGAUUUCCCGCCGCCAUGGGACGUUGCGAUUAUCUGGUACUGCCAUCUUCUAUCACCCACAAGAUUCCACCGCCAUUUAUGGGACGGCAAGCACAGGGCUUAUGGGUUGAACCAUCACCAGUUUCCCGCUACCCGGCUGUUGGCCCUUAUCAACUCUGGCGGGUGGUCCGACAAGAAGGCCGAGAAGAAAUGGCAAUUUUUCAACAGGAAGAAGCUCGGCCCGGAGCUUCCCUAUCAAUUGUGGCGAUAUCCCCCUUGGGAAGUCAGAAGGCGUUCGAGCAUACUCUCCAUGCUGUCUACCUCGAAGCCGAACAGCCAAAUCGGAGAAGAACCUCCCAUCGUCAUGUACAACCUCAAUGGGACGCUCUGCAGACCUCUCUGGAAAGACAGGUGGAGUCUGUCUGACUGGAGCGAGGUCAGGACCGGCAGGAGAUUGGAGACGUGCUUGUACGUGGUCGUACACCGCAGGUUCGGGGAGCAGUGCGAGUUGACCAUUUGGCCGGAUCUCCGGGACCUCCGGGCCACGCUGGACCGGCAGAUCGCGUUCUGGAAAGCCGCAAUCCACGCGCGAGAUACGCAAAAGGACUUUGAUACCAUCGUCGGCGAGUCUGUCGAGGAUUACGAGCGGUUCAUCAAGCUACUCGCACGACCGCCAGACAAGCCUUCCGCUGCCAGCAACUUGGCGCUCGACAUGGACACGCUCUACCGCGACGAGGAGAGGGCCAGAUACUCCGGCAACCGCGAGUUCGUGCCCCCCAAUCUGGUCGUCGACCUGCUCUGGCACACGCACCGGCUGUACCCCGCCAGCUACUGGACCUGGAGUUUCGCCGUCACCCGGAGGCUCAUCGACUACGAGCCAUCGACCUCGGCCACGGCGGCGAGGAGAACCCUCGCGGAAACUCGGCUCGAGUGGAGGAAGAAGUACCACGAGGAUUGCCCCGAGUACGCCACCAUGGACGAUGCGGGUAUGGGAGACUACAUCGCCGACGCCGCGGUGGUCCCGGCGGGCCAUUCGGCGCGGGUCAAGGCGAAGUGGAUCCUCGGUGGCCUGAACCCGGUGAAAGGGAGGAAUCGGUACACAAAGGGAGUCUAUUGUGUCUACGAUGGCAUAUACGUCCCGUUCGAAGGGUCUGCCUGCAGUGGCGACGGCGGCGGCGGUGGUGGCGGUGAUGGUGGUUGUGGUGGUGACGGCGGCGGCGGGGGUGAAUGA